ACUGAGUGUGGUUUUGAGUGGCAAGGUUGUGGGGUGGUUUCCGGGUGCCUACUUGCUACCUUUCCUGCUUUACCUGUUCACCACCACAUAUUGUCCCAUUUUAUGUCCCUGAAUGGGCCACUCCCAGGCUCCACGUCGACACACACUGCCUGCACACCUGUGGCCAGCUUCUAUUGGUCUCACCUGUAGCUACCACUUCUUCCUCCUUCACAGCAGAGCUGAUCUGUGGGAUGCUCAUUGGUUGUACAUAGACAUUCUCUUCAGGAUCUGAAAGCUAGUGUUGUUUCAGUGGUCUGAUAUAUGGAAAGAGGUUAGGCUUGAAGAAGGACGUCGUUGGCUGAACAUGUGAGCAGAGAUUAUUUACAGGCAAGCUGGAUCUGAAUGAAGCUGGUCCCUCCCCCAUGCCUGUUUCCCCAGGCUACACCCAACUGGACCAGAAUGAUCCGUCUAUGAACCCCCUGCGCAUCUCAGUCGGAGGACUUCCCAUGUUGGCCUCCAUGACCAACACCACGGACUCCAGAUUCCGCCUAAAUUUGAGGGCCAUCGUAGCCCUGGCCCUGGCCCUGUCCCUGGCCCUGGUCCUCCUCUACAUGCACCUGAACCGAGGCUCCCACUCCCAGGCCCCCAGCUCCCGCAACUGGAAGUCCGGCCACAUGGGGAUGGCUGUGAGCGAGGUGGCCGACCGCUACAAUGACACUUACCCGCUCAGCACCCCCGAGCGGACGGCGCAGGGAACGCGCUACCGCAUAGGGGUGAUUGCCGACCUGGACACGGACUCUCGCAGCGACAAGAAGCUGACGUGGUUCAGCUACAUGCGCCGGGGCCACCUGCUGGUGUCAGAGAGCGGCAACAAGGUGGCCGUGGAAUGGGACGCGGAGAGGGUGCUGCUGGAGAGCCACCUGGCGGAGAAGGGCCGGGGCAUGGAGCUGUCAGAGCUGGUGGUGUUCAACGGGAAGCUGUACAGCGUGGACGACCGAACGGGCGUGGUCUACCACAUCGACGGCAGCAAGGCUGUGCCCUGGGUCAUCCUCCCCGACGGGGACGGCUCCGUCUCCAAAGGGUUCAAGGCCGAGUGGCUAGCGGUGAAGGACGAGCACUUGUACGUGGGUGGCCUGGGGAAAGAGUGGACCACCACCACGGGGGAGGUAGUCAACAACAACCCAGAGUGGGUAAAGGUGGUGGGCCAUCGGGGUGACGUGCAGCACCAGAACUGGGUCCCCAAGUACAACCUCCUGAGGUCCGCAGCUGGGAUCGAACCUCCAGGUUACCUGAUCCACGAGUCGGCCGCGUGGAGCGACAGCCUACAGCGCUGGUUCUUCCUCCCACGCCGCGCUAGCAAAGAGCGCUACGAUGAGACGGCCGACGAGCGCCGCGCCACCAACCUCGUCCUCAGCUGCUCGCCGGACUUCGAGGACGUCACCGUGAACCGGGUGGGCCCGCACAACCCCACGCACGGCUUCUCCUCCUUCAAGUUUGUCCCGAACACGGACGAUCAGAUCGUCGUGGCUCUCAAGUCGGAGGAGGACGCUGGGAAAAUCGCCUCGUACAUCAUGGCAUUCACACUGGACGGCCAGAUCCUGUUACCUGAAACCAAGAUAGGAGACGUGAAGUAUGAGGGUCUGGAGUUCAUUUAGGAAAACAAGGAGGAGACUGAGCCAAUGCCUUUCGAGGACAUACAGUAGCUAUGUGGAACAUAGUUGUUGACAUUCCAUUCACUCAAAAGUUGACUUGCUGCUUGUUCAUUGAUUGUGAAGACGACACGCAGACCAUCGAUCGAUCACGAAUCAGAAGCCAUUUUGGUAUGACCUGAGGAUGAGCAGGGUCGUGUUCAUUAGGCAUCAAAUGUAGGAAAACGGACUGAAACAGGGAGGGGCUACCUGGACUUGUCCAAAAUGAAACUGUAUUUUUUUCGUUUUCUGUUGCAAAACGUUUAAAAUAAAUAAUUUUGUUGCAUGCCUUAAUGAACUCAACUCAAGGUUUCAGGGCUGAGACGUUCUAACUGCUCAGUAAAUGGGAGCCGAGAGUAGCCUAGGCUACCUGAACAAAGUCCUCAAGUUGAGGAUGUCCUCUUGAUGGCCAUCCUCUACCUGUAACACAGUUUCUUCUUACUUUUUACUACAUUAAAUCAUAUACUUCAGAACACUUUACCCUACGUCAGGGAUCAUCAACUAGUUUCAGCCGCGGGACAAUUUUGUUCUUGAGCGGAUGGUCGGGGGGGCCAGAACAUAAUUACAAAUCAUUUGUAGACUGCAAAUUGACCGCAAGAAUCACAAACAUAUAUUUGACUAAAACAUAAUCAUUUCAAACCUUGAUUACAUUUGUAUACUAUUACGUGUCUCUCUAUUUAGCGUGGGAAUACUUGGGAACAGAUUUCCAAAAUUAAAAUCACUUGGAGCUGAUUUCCUGGUGUUUUUAGUCUUUUAUGUCCAACAAUGAAAAUGCAAAAAAAGAGAAACCUGCCCUACGUGAAUCCAUUGAAGGUCUGACCUUUAUGAAAGUAUGUUUUUUUGAAGGAAUAUAGAACAAAAGACGAAUCUCACUUCGUCCUAUUAUAACAAAUGUUUUACUGGUGGUUGUUGAGUAAAAUCUAUCUUGAUA